CAUCAUAUGCUCCUGGGAAUUAGAUACCAUACUAUUUGUUUAAGAUGGUUCUUUUUGAAAGUGAGGUUUUUCAACAUGAGUCUCUUGGCUGGGAAUAUAUGGAAAAGGAAGAGCACUGAGCAUAAAGAAGCAUAACCAUUAUAAUAAUAAUAAAGCAUGGAAGAAAAAAGAAAGACUUAUAGUAGUUGAUUUGGUUGAGUAUGAAGAUCAUGCCAUAAAUGCAGGAGUUGUUAGUUAACCAACUAUAAAUAGUUGCUGCUGAGAGGAAAACUUGUGCAUCUUAUUGUUUUUUUUUUCCUGGACUUGAGGAUACAAAAAGACCUGAGAUGAUGAAGAGAGAGCUUGGGAGGUACAAAAUGGGUUUGUGUUUCAGUGACAAGUGUAGAAUGAACAGAGGAGCUCCACCUCCAGAUGUGGUGACUACGUUUGUAAAGUAUACAGAGGGAGGGAACCACAUGUGGGCAGAGCAGCUGUGUCGGUUCUUGGUUGAGGUGCAGGGAGAGACCGAGUUGUUGGUUUCAGAUGCAGAGAAGAUCAUAGAAAGAAUCACAAGUGAAAGACAUCAUAUCACUAAGUUCCUGAGGCACUCGUUGAACCUAGAUGAUUUCUUCAGUUUCUUGUUCUCAGAUGAUCUGAAUCAUCCAGUUGUUAGUGAGGUGCAUCAAGACAUGGCCUCUCCCUUGUCUCAUUACUUCAUUUACACGAGCCAUAACUCGUAUCUGACUGGGAAUCAGAUCAACAGCGAAUGCAGCGAUGUACCUCUCAUUAAGGCGUUGAAGAGAGGUGUUCGUGCUCUGGAGCUUGACCUGUGGCCAAACUCUACUAAGGACGGCAUACUUGUACGACAUGGCUGGGCAUGGACACCUCCAGUGGAACUGAUCAAAUGCUUGAGAUCUAUUAAAGACUAUGCUUUUUCUGCAUCUGCAUACCCUGUGAUCAUAACUUUGGAAGAUCAUUUGACCUCAGAUCUUCAAGCCAAAGCAGCUGAGAUGAUGAAAGAGAUAUUCAUGGAUAUGGUGUAUUUCUCCGAGUCUGGCGAUUUAAAAGAGUUCCCUUCACCAGAAGAUCUCAAGUACAAAGUUGUGAUAUCUACAAAGAUUCCCAAAGAGAAGUUGAAAAAGGAAAAGGGUUCAGAGUCAGACGUAUCAGGAAAGGCAUCAUCAUCAGAAGAUGUUUCAGCAGACGAUGAGAAGGCUGAAGAGACUAGUGAGGCCAAAAACGAAAAAGAAGAAACAAGUGAAGCCAAAAAUGAAGAGGAUGGAUCUGAUAAAGAAUCCAAAAACUUAGAUCUCCUCACAUACAGUCGUCUGAUAUUGAUUCCUUCUGGAAAUGCUAGAAAUGGAUUGAAGGAAGCACUUACGUUCGAUAAUGGUGGCAUUAGACGUCUGAGUUUGAGAGAGCAAAAGUUCAAGAAAGCCACUGAAAUGUAUGGAACCCAAGUCAUGGAAUUCACACAGAAGAAUCUGUUGAGGAUAUAUCCAAAGGCCACUCGAGUAACCUCCUCUAACUACAAGCCAUUAAGCGGUUGGAUGUACGGAGCUCAAAUGGUCGCCUUCAACAUGCAGGGCUAUGGAAGAGCUCUAUGGAUGAUGCAUGGUAUGUUCAGGGGGAAUGGUGGAUGCGGAUACGUGAAGAAACCAGACUUUAUGAUGAACAAAGGUCCGGACAGAGAAUUGUUUGACCCUAAAGCGAAGUUACCCGUAAAGACAACUCUUAGAGUGAAAGUAUACAUGGGAAAAGGAUGGGACUCUGGUUUUCAGAGAGCUUGUUUCAACACUUGGUCUUCUCCAAACUUCUACACAAGGGUGGGGAUAACAGGAGUAAGAGGUGAUAGAGUAAUGAAGAAAACAAAGAAAGAAGAAAACACUUGGGAGCCAUUUUGGGACGAGGAGUUUGUGUUUCAGCUCACGGUGCCGGAGCUGGCGCUGCUGAGAGUUGAAGUACACGACUACAACAUGCCGGAGAAGGAUGAUUUCUCGGGGCAGACGUGUUUGCCUGUGGCGGAGCUGAGACAGGGUAUACGUUCUGUUCCUUUGUAUGAUCGCAAAGGCGAGAGACUUGUUGCGGUUACACUUCUCAUGCGGUUUCAGUUUGUUUAAAAAAGAAAAUCAAGAGUUUCUUUCCUUCAAAAGUGUUUUGUAGCACAGAAGUUUUUUACAGCAGAAAACAAGAUAUUAACCGUACAUAUAAAGAUAUGACGAAUCAAGUAACUGUGUGGUUGGAUAUAUAUUUUUUUCUGAAACAAUAGUAAGCUUUUAGAUAUAUGAAUGUGCUUAUUUAUA